ACCGCUGUGCCUGACCCAGCCCCUGCCAGACGCCACGAGGGUGACCGUGGGCGUCGUUGUCCCGGCGUUAGUUCUCUUGGUGGCCGCGGCGUCCUUUUGUGUCGUGAGGAAGAUGAGUGCGAGGAAUGCAGCCGUGUUAGCAGAGGCCGAGGAAGCGAGGAUGCUCUCCAGCCGAACUAAGAAGACGGAACUCCUGGUGAUUCACGCUCGCGAACCGCUGCAUCCGCUUCACCACGUCCACACCCUACGGCUCAUGGAUCAGCUGAGAGGAUUUUGCAAUGCUAGGGUCCACGACAUCUGGGACCACCGCGACCCCUACCGACUCCAGGACCCGAACGGUUGGCUUCAGCGUGUUCUCUCCUGCGGCUCCGACGGCCCUCUGGUGGUGUGUCCCCGCGCGUCGUGUCCGUUAUGGAAGCUAUUAUUGAGCGUCGUAGUCAGCAAGAUUUGGUCGAUCUCGAGCGGAAGGGAAGCAAGGAAAUGGGAUUCCUCCAGAUGGUUGCCAGCAUCAGGCAGCUCCUGGAUAUAGACCUCUUUGAUAAUUACGAUCGUGUCUACGUUGUCAGAUUCAGCAAUUUAUGGCACAAAGAGGAAGAUAUUCUCAACGUGAUAACUGGAAGUCGACGAUUCUGUCUACCGGAACACACCGAAAACCUGUUCGUAGAAAUUGCAUAUGAGAGCAGCUAGAGGAUUAGAAUAAUAACUAACCUGGUGAUUAGAUGAUUAGAUCAAUUAUUAAACUGAUGAUUAAAACAGCUAGAUCAAUCAAUAAACUGGUGAUUAGGGGAUUAGAUUAAUCACUAAGAUGGUGAUUAGAACAGUUAGAUCGAUCACUAAACUGGUGGAUACAGCGAUUGAGAAAUUAUAUUGAUCAUUAAACGGGUGCUCAGUAUAAGUAGAUUAGACUGUUUCUUAGACUGGUGAAUAUAGCGACUGGAGAUUAGACCAUUCACUAAACUGGUGAUCAGAGCGAUUAGGAGAUUAGUUUGGUCACUAAACUAGACUGAUCAGAUUUAAAGAAAUCUUCCCAGAUAUCAUGAAAUUUAUAAUACGGUCUAUCCCUAUUGUUUUCUUCUCUCUCUCUCUCUCUCUCUCUCUCUCUCUCUCUCUCUCUCUCUCUCUCUCUCUCUCUCUCUCUCUCUCUCUCUCUCUCUCUCUCUCUCUCUCUUGAUCAACUAACAAUUAUAGGGUGUUUCUUGGCUUUCAUACUUCACUUAUAACACGAUUUUUUAUGAAUACUAAUGUUUAUUACCCUGAUACUGAUAAAUAUAUGUAAAAGGAUUCA